AUGCCCCACACCAGUCGCAAAAGAACCCCUCAUCAUCAGCACAAGCGCCUCCAGGUGACCGACGACAGCGGCUGGACUCACGUUACCACGAGUGGGAAAAGUGCGCGACAGGUUCUUCGUACUACCCUCCCGCAGGAGUCGCAAUCUCACCCCUUUCUCCCCGCGGAAGCUCCUUCUCGAUUGACGCAAGAGGAGCUUCAACAACAACUACAGCGAUGUCGACAGCGAUGGGAGGACUCCGAUACCUGGAAGGUGGUGGAGGAAACACUGCGGUCCUGGGGAAUGGCCGUUGACGAUGGUAUCGUUUGUAUUGGGAUGGGGAGUCCGAGACGGACUCAUCCAAACGUCAACGUCUAUGCUCAGGAUCCUGUGUUGAAUGCCCAUGAUAAAUUUCUCCUUUUAUCCCUUGGAAUCAACGUUCUUGAGCACCCCGAUGCGUUUGAAAAGGUCUCUCCUGCGACCUUCCUCUACUGUCCGGGUGCGGAACAGACCCAUCUUGUGCAACUGCUCGCCAGCAACCCCGCUUUCCUUUUCGGCGGUCCACUGGAAGAUAUCGAGUCCGAAACAGUGAGGCAGUUUGUGAAAACGAAAGGGUCGACGCGAUUGCCUCGUUUUGAAGACCACGAACAUGCGUUUUGGAACAUGCGGCUCUAUUAUCCUGCGGAUCUUGCAGGGAAUAAGAGUGACAGAGAGUAA